GCGGCCCGCAACGAAAGAAUUAAGGGCGCCACAAAUAGAUUUUUAAAUUUUUAUUUUUAUUUUUAAAUUUUUUAUUUUUUUUUGUCCUGUCCAGCUUCUCAGGCAAAUCAUAUAGUUGAUGUAGAUGCCCAUAUCGGCUGUUCAGAUUUACUUUACAAAAGAGAAGUGUAGGAUCAAGAUUUUUUGGAGCUCUUUGUUCAGUGGAUCAGAUGUUUGAUGAAGCUCUGUGUCUAUCUACCACCACUACUGUUGUCUGUUUAUUUGUUACUGACUGUGGCAGGACACCUCUGCCUCUGUUUCACUUUAUGUUGCUGGUAAAUAAUAUGGUUGUAGUAGUAGGCUAAAGUUAGGUUAUUUAGUAUGCACUAAUUAAAUGGGCAGAGCUUUAAGGGAAAUAUUAGCUUUUAUAUUUUUAUAAGAUAUAUUUUUUAUAAGAACCACAAUUAAUAAAUAUAUUUCAGUGAAUAACUUAUUGUUCAAAUCUGUAUAUAAAUAUGUACAUUAUGUGUUGUAAUUAUAUUGUAAAAUGGAUGGAUGGACGUUUAAAACAAAACUGUUAUUAUUAAUUAGUAAGUAUACAUUUUUUUAGCCUUUUUAGAGAAAAUCAUAUCAUUGUAGUCAAUUAUGCAAAUUACUCGAUGAUGUCAUGGUGACCACGCCCAUAGCCACGCCCCCACCGCCACAGGUAUUUUGGCAGUUUAUGGGAAACACUGUAUAUAUAUAAAUGUGUGUGUAUGUAUAUAUAAGUUAUGAGAAUCAAAUAUUGUAAAAAUGUUUUUAGUCACACCCAACAAUUCACAAGUAAAAAAAACAACUUUUUUUUCAAUAAAAAAAAAACUUACGUAAAAAAAUUAAAAAUUUUCUGCAAGUGAAAAAACGAUUUGUGUACAACACAUCAACUUUCUUCUGUUAAAAAAUGAUUUGCAAGUUAAAAGAUAAACAUUUUGUGCGAGUAAAAUGUUUAUUUUCAAAUAAAAAAACGAUUUGUAAGUAAAAGAAAAUUAUUUAAUUAAACGAUUCACGUGUAAAAAAAAAAACACACAAAAAACCCCAACAACUUUUUUCUAUUAAACGAUUUGCAAGUUUAAAAAAAAAAUUGUUUGCAAGUAAAAAAAAAACUUUUUAAUUCAAAAAAAAUAAUUUCCGCAAUUAAAUAACGAUUUGCGUAUAAAAAAAACCCAACUACAUAUUUCUUCUAUUAAAAAACGAUUUGUAGGUUUAAAAAAAAAAAAAAAAAGACAAAUUCUGCCAGUAAAAAACGAUUUUUUUUACCUGCAGAAAAAAACCUAUUUUCAAGUAUAAAAAACUAUAUUCUUCAAUUAAAAAUACCAAAACCAAAUAUUGGACGUCAAAACUUUUCAGCCAGGGUUAAAGUACACAAGUGUGUUAAUAAAAUGAGAGCUACGAAAAAGUAUGGCUGAGCUGCAAGAGGAGGUCAUCUCGCAGUUUGGAGCGUUCCGCCAUUAUAACGGUUGUGUACCCAUAGCGAUUAGUUUUCGAAAUAGCGUCGCCAUGGUAACACGAAAUGUUCCCAACUUAAAGUACUCCCAUCGGCGCGAACCAGACCUUGUGGACGGUAUGACAUAUGUGGGGGUUCGUUGGCCAGUUCGUCUCGUAUUAAGCGUAAGAGAAACGUGCGGAACUAUAAUAACAAAGUUUGAAGUGUGAGCAAUAGUAAUAUGGGCCGCUUGCAUUGCAGCAGGCCCAUAAUUAGCCAACCGUACUCGUCAUUUUAAGAACAUCAUUACUGCUAAGCCUGCUGUACAAAAAAGGUGUUUGCAGUUUUUGUUUUCAGACGCACUUUGUCAGAUGGAGGCUCUGUAAAGAGCUGUGGCUUCUGUGGGAGGAACGUGUGAACCUCCUUCAACAAGCGGAUGUGCUCAACUUCACUUCUUGCCUUCUGUUUCUGAAGCUGCGCUGUCCUUCUGGGACUCGGUGAGUGCUGAAAUUAAUAUUCUAUGCAGAAGGUCACUGAAAUAUGUAGAAGACUAACAAGUUGAAGACAUCUGGUUAUCUGCAAAGAAGGCAGCCAGCAUCAACACAACUCAGGUAAUUAUUACAAUGUCAUUAUAAAAAUGUGAUAUGUAAGAUCAUUCAAAUGAGUAGUUUUUAGUAAGUUUCAUCUUAAAAAGUAUUUUUUGUGUGGAAAAGUAAAUAAAAGGUGCUACUGAUAUCAGGCUUUAAACACAAUUAAGGCUGUCGGUUAUGAUUUCUUUAUUUGCCAAAUGAUACGAUACUGUUUGAAUAUUCUUAAAAAUAACUUCAUGUGAUUUAUUGUGUAUGUUUGCAUAAAAAAUAUAUGUAUAUAAAGGUGAAACUGCGUAAACACAACAACACAGAAGGUGAAAUGACAAAGGCGUAUUGAGGCCAAACUGGAAAAAAGUGGAAUUAUGAAAAGAAAAUGACAAAAUAUUUGGAGGAUAGAGUGUUUGCACAUUAGAACAUUUCAUUAUUUGUAGGAUCAAAUACUUUUAAAAAAUCACAUUAUUCAAUAGACAAAGUAAUAAUUAAAAAAAAGUCACAUUAUUAGGAGGAUAAGGUAAUAUAUAUAUUUUUUUAAAUCACGUUAUUCGUAGAUUAAAGUAAUUUAAACAUUUUUAAAAAGUCACAUUCGGAGAAUAACGUAAUUUAAAAAUAUAAAAGUUACAUUAUUUAGAGGAAUUUAAAAAUGAUGAAAAAAUUCACAUUAUUCGGUGGAUAAAAUCAUUUAAAAUUGAAAAAAAAGCCACAUUAUUUAGAAGAUCAAGUACUUUAUAAACUAAAAAAGUCCCAUUAUUCGGAAGAUAAAGUAAGUAAAACAUUUUUAAAAGUCGCAUUCGGAGAAUAAAAUAAUUUCAAAAUGAAAAAAGUCACAUUAUUCGGUGGAUAAAAUAAUUAAAAAACUAAAAAAGUCACAUUAUUCGGUGGAUAAAAUAAUUAAAAAACUAAAAAAGUCACAUUAUUCGGUGGAUAAAAUUAAAAAACUAAAAAAGUUGCAUUAUUCGGCGGAUAAAAUAAUAAAAAAACAUAAAAAAUGUCACUUUAUUUGGAGAAUAAAGUAAUUGAAAAAAAUGUCACAUUAUUUGGAGGAUCAACUAAUUUAUAAACUAAAAAAGUCACAUUAUUCAGAGGAUAAAGUAAUUUUAAAAAAUUUUUUUAAAGUCACAUCCGGAGAAUAAAGUAAUUUAAAAAUGAAAAAAGUUACCUUAUUUAGAGUUUGGGUUUGAGUUUGAGUUUAUUUGGAACAUGCAAGCAUACAACAUGAUACAUCAUAAUUUCCAGUUUCUCUUUUCAAGAUGUUCGAAAAGGAGCAGGAAGAAGCAGAGCUUAUUUAAUCCUACCCCUUUUCUUUACAUAACAGUUGCUAAAACUAGAAGAUUAAGUCAUUUAAAAAUGAGAAAAUGAUAAAAAGUCACAUUAUUUGGUGGAUAAAAUAAUUUAAAAAAUGUAAAAAAUUAUUCAUAAAAUAAAGAAAUUUAAAAUAGAAAAAAAGCCAUAAUAUUUAUAAAAUAAAGAAAUUUAAAAUGGGAAAAAAGCCACAUUAUUCGGAGGAUCAAGUAAUUUAUAAACUAAAAAAGUCACAUUCACAGAAUAAAGUGAUUUAAAAAUGAAAAAAGUCACAUUAAUUAGAGGAUAAAGUAAUUUAAAAAUAACAAAAGUAACACCUUCUCCUCCUUCCUCAACAGGACGGAACAAAGGCGACAGGAAGUGAGUGUAAGCAGCAUGGCGUGGCCUUGAAGACGCGAGCAGAAGUUGAAGAGUCUUAACAGCGUGAGCCGAGCACCGCCAGCUGCAGAAGCGUGUUGAGUCUAACAGCAUGAGCCAAGCACCGCCAGCUGCAGGAGCGUGUUGAGUCUAACAGCGUGAGCCAAGCACCGCCAGCUGCAGGAGCGUUGUGAAUCUAACAGCAUGAGCCGAGCACCGUCAUCUGCAGGAGCGUUGUGAGUCCAAAAGCCUGAGCUGAGCACCGCCAGCUGCAGGAGCGUUGUGAGUCCAAAAGCGUGAGCCGAGCACCGCCAGCUGCAGGAGCGUGUUGAGUCUAACAGCAUGAGCCAAGCACCGCCAGCUGCAGGAGCGUUGUGAAUAUAACAGCAUGAGCCAAGCACCGCCAGCUGCAGGAGCAUUGUGAGUCCAAAAGCGUGAGCCGAGCACCGCCAGCUGCAGGAGCGUGUUGAGUCUAACAGCAUGAGCCGAGCACCGCCAGCUGCAGGAGCGUUGUGAGUCUAACUGCAUUAGCCGAGCACCGCCAGCUGCAGAAGCGUUGUGAGUCCAAAAGCCUGAGCUGAGCACCGCCAUCUGCAGGAGCAUUGUGAGUCCAAAAGCCUGAGCCGAGCACCGCCAGCUGCAGGAGCGUUGUGAGUCUUACAGCAUGAGCCGAGCACCGCCAGCUGCAGAAGCGUUGUGAGUCCAAAAGCCUGAGCUGAGCACCGCCAGCUGCAGGAGCGUUGUGAGUCCAAAAGCCUGAGCCGAGCACCGCCAGCUGCAGGAGCGUGUUGAGUCUAACAGCAUGAGCCGAGCACCGCCAGCUGCAGGAGCGUGUUGAGUCUAACAGCAUGAGCCGAGCACCACCAGCUGCAGAAGCAUUGUGAGUCUUAACAGCAUGAGCCGAGCACCACCAGCUGCAGGAGCGUCCGUCAAGUGCGUCCUGGUGGGCGACAGCGCGGUAGGAAAGACGGCCCUCCUGGUCAGGUUCGCCUCGGGCGCCUUCCCGGACGCCUACCGGCCCACCGUUUUUGACAACACGGGUUUGGAGUUCCACAUGGAUGGCGCUCUAGUCCAACUGGGCCUGUGGGACACGGCGGGACACGACAACUUCAAAGCCAUCCGACCCAGAUCCUACCAGCAGGCCGACGUGGUGCUGGUGUGUUUCUCCGUGGCCAACCCCACCUCCCUGGCCAGCGUGUGCACCAAGUGGAUGGCGGAGGUGCGCCAACACCUGCCGGACGUGCCCGUGCUGAUGGUGGCCAACCAGACGGACCUGCGGGAGUCGGGGGCGCGCCGCGGCGGCUGCAUUUCGGCGGCGGAGGGCAAGCGUGUGGCUCACAGCCUGCGCGCCAAAGGCUACCUGGAGUGUUCGUCUCUGAGCAACCGAGGGGUGGCCGAGGUGUUCCAGUGCGCCGUGCGGACCGCCAUCAGCCACGGCAGGAAGCAGGCCAGGCGGCGAAUGUUUAGCAUCAACAAGUGCAAAGUCUUUUAACCUCGCGCAUUUAACCUUAUACAACGCAUUUAACCUUAUACAAUCUUCUUUAGUGCCCUAAAGGACCAUAGAGUGUUUAUGCCAUGAGCCGGCCUGCUGUGUCUACACACACAAACAGCGCCUUGCUCAUGAGCACUCGGGCAGCGGAGCAUCUCUCCAACAACUAUUGCAUUCUCUCUUUUUUGUUGUUUUUGACCCGAGCGACUGCCGCCCAGACCUCAACCCGGCAACAAGUCACAGCAACACUCGCGUGGAGUUUUUAGUCACGCCCAACCAUUCGCAAGUAUAACAACUAUUUUUGUUCAAUAAAAACUAUUUUCUGCAAGUUCCAAUUUGUUGCAGUAAUAUUCCACCCUUAAUGAUCCGCAUGUUAUUUGCGCAUGGUGCCGUCCGCCAAAAAUAUGAAAGAAGAAGCAGGGUGGGGAGUAAAAUGGCGGACAGAAAGAAAUUGAUUUUUUACCCUCAGAAAAGUUUUUUUUAAAACUUGCAAGUCAUAUGCAGAAUUUUUUUUUGUUUGUUUGCAAAUGUUUUUUGAAUUGAAGAAAAAUGUUUUUAUACUCGCAAAUUGUUUUUUUAAUUGAAGAAAAUUGUUGUUUUUUUUACUUGCGAAUGUUUUUUAAUUGAAGAAAAUUAAUGGAUGGAUGAAUGUUUUUGAUUGAAGAAAAAUGUUUCAUACUUUUUUAAUUUUAAUGAAGAAAAUAGUUUUUUAUACUUGAAAAUCGUUUUUUUUUUUUACCUGCAGAAAAUAGUUUUUUUAAACUUGCAAAUCGUUGUUUAAUAGAAUACAUUUGUUAUUGUUUUUUAUACGCAAAUCCCGUAAUUUAAUUGCAUUUUUUUUUUUUUUUUACUAGGAUUUUUUCUUUUUUACUUGCAAACUUUUUAUUUUUUACUUAAAAAUCUUUUUGUAAUAGAAGAAAGUUGUCUUUUUUUUUUUUUUUUUACACGCGAAUCGUUUUUAAUAGAAGAAAUUUGUUAUUGUUUUUUUAUACGCAAAUUACUUGCAAAUUUAUUUUUUCCACUUGAAAAUUUAUUUUUUUUACUUGAAAAUCGUUUUGUAAUAGAAGUAGUCUUUUUAUUAUUAUUUUUUACAUGCAAAUCGUUUUUAAUAGAAGAAAUUUGUUAUUGUUUUUUAUAUGCAAAUUGUUAAAUUGCCAAAUUUUUUUUUUUACUUGAAAAUCGUUUUGUAGUAGAAGAAAGUUGUCUUUUUUUUUUUUUUUUUUUACACGCGAAUCGUUUUUAAAAUAAAUGUGUUGUUUUUUUAUACGCAUCGUUACUCAAUUGCAGAAAUUCAUUUUUUUAGUUGAAAAUAUUUUAUUUUACUUGCAAACAGUUUUGUUUUCUAACUUGCAAAUUGUUUUUUAAUAGAAUAACGUUGUUGGUAUUGUUUUUUUCUGCAAGUUCAAACUUUUUGCAGUAAUAUUUCACGCUCAACGAUCCACAUGUUAUUUGCGCAUGGUGCCGUCCGCCAAAAAUACGAAAGAAGAAGGAGGGUGGAGAGUAAAAUGGCGGACAGAAGAGAUUAAAUGUUUUUUUUAUUUGAAAAUAGACUUUUUUACCCUAAAAAAAAUGUGUUUAACUUGCAAAUCAUAUUUUUACUUUUGUUGUUUGCAAAUGUUUUUUUAACUGGAAAGAUUUUUUUUAAUUUUGCUAGCUAAUGUUUUUUUUUUAAUUGAAGAAAAAUGUUUUUAAUACUCGCAAAUAGUUUUUUUAAUUGAAGAAUAUAGUUUUUUAUACUUGAAAAUAGUUUUUUUACCCGCAGAAAAUUGUUUUUUGAACUUGCAAAUCAGUUUUUUACUUGCAGAAUUAGUUUUCUUUCUUUUUAACUUGCAAAUCGUUUUUUAAUAAAAGAAAUUUG